GCCAGAGGUGCGGGGUUCUGUGAUUUUCCGCUGGGGCGGCGAUGAAGCUAAUACUGCCAGGCUCUAAAACAGGGAAUGGAAUUCAGGCAGCUCUGGAGAGGAGACUGUAUCCGAAUCCAUAGCUAAAAUCACCGGGCAAGUAGUGGAUAUAUGCUGCAUGUGUCUAGUCAAAGCUGCAUGAGGGGCCAGUCAGUUCGUGCGGCUUUGGAUACGUCUACAUUACUGACCUCUCAUCUCUGGGACCGGCCACCAACUUCACCCUACCCAGCCUCUGACUCACCCCACUAGCGGCCAGAUGGCUGGAAUUCUACACCACCCUCAAGCUCUUUCCCCUCCUCUCGUGAUUGCUGGGAAAUCCCUACCAAAGACCAGCCGAAGGCUCCCGAAGAGUCACUAGAUGGGAUCCCAGACUUGGAACUUUUUUCUUAGGAGGUACAUUCAGCAUUCCUGAUACCGGGCUGGGUAACAGCCACCUCUUCGAGGUCUCUUUGGGGAGAACCAUGGCUCCAAAACGAAAGGCCUCCGUGCAGACUGAGGGCUCCAAGAAGCGGCGACAGGGAACAGAGGAGGAGGACAGCUUCCGGUCCACUGCCGAGGCUCUCAGAGCAGCACCUGCUGAUAAUCGUGUCAUCCGUGUGGAUCCCUCGUGUCCAUUCAGCCGGAAGCCUGGGAUUCGGGUCCACGAGGACUAUGACUGUACCCUGAACCAGACCAACAUCGGCAGCAACAACAACAAGUUCUACAUCAUCCAGCUGCUGGAGGAGGGCAGUCGCUUCUUCUGCUGGAAUCGCUGGGGCCGAGUGGGAGAGGUGGGCCAGAGCAAGAUGAACCACUUCACCUGCCUGGAAGAUGCAAAGAAGGACUUUAAGAAGAAAUUUUGGGAGAAGACUAAAAACAAAUGGGAGGAGCGGGACCGCUUUGUGGCCCAGCCCAACAAGUACACACUUAUAGAAGUCCAGGGAGAAGCAGAGAGCCAAGAGGCUGUAGCGAAGGUGGACGGCGGCCCCGUGAGGACCGUGGUAAAGCCCUGCUCCCUAGACCCUGCCACCCAGAACCUUAUCACCAACAUCUUCAGCAAAGAGAUGUUCAAGAACGCGAUGACCCUCAUGAACCUGGAUGUGAAGAAGAUGCCCUUGGGAAAGCUGACCAAGCAGCAGAUUGCCCGUGGCUUUGAGGCCUUGGAAGCUCUAGAGGAGGCCAUGAAAAACCCGACGCGGGAUGGCCAGAGCCUGGAAGAGCUCUCCUCCUGCUUCUACACUGUCAUCCCACACAACUUCGGCCGCAGCCGACCCCCGCCCAUCAACUCCCCUGACGUGCUUCAGGCCAAGAAGGACAUGCUGCUGGUGCUUGCGGACAUCGAGCUGGCGCAGACCUUGCAGGCAGCCCCUGGUACGGAGGAGGAGAAGGUGGAAGAGGUGCCACACCCACUGGACCGAGACUACCAGCUCCUCAGGUGCCAGCUUCAACUGCUGGACUCCGGGGAGUCCGAGUACAAGGCAAUUCAGACCUACCUGAAACAGACUGGCAACAGCUACAGGUGCCCAGACCUGCAGCAUGUUUGGAAAGUGAACCGAGAAGGGGAGGGAGACAGGUUCCAGGCCCACUCCAAACUGGGCAAUCGGAGGCUGCUGUGGCACGGCACCAAUGUGGCCGUGGUGGCUGCCAUCCUCACCAGUGGGCUCCGAAUCAUGCCGCACUCGGGUGGUCGUGUUGGCAAGGGUAUCUAUUUUGCCUCAGAGAACAGCAAGUCCGCAGGCUAUGUUACUGCCAUGCACUGUAAGGGCCACCAGGUGGGCUACAUGUUCCUGGGUGAGGUGGCCCUCGGCAAAGAGCACCACAUCACCAUCGAUGACCCCAGCUUGAAGAGUCCACCCCCUGGCUUUGACAGCGUCAUCGCCCGAGGCCAAACAGAGCCUGAUCCCGCCCAGGACAUUGAACUAGAACUGGAUGGGCAGCCUGUGGUGGUGCCCCAAGGCCCACCCGUGCGGUGCCCGUCAUUCAAAAGCUCCAGCUUCAGCCAGAGUGAAUACCUCAUAUACAAGGAGAGCCAGUGUCGCCUGCGCUACCUGCUGGAGAUUCACCUCUGAGCCGCUUGCCCUGCCCAGGUCCUGCCCUGCCGGGCCAUGAUCUUCACCCUCCUCUCCCUGGCUCUCACAGCACUUUGUCUGCUUCCCAAGAAUAUAAUACGUGCCAGGCGCGUUGGCAUACACCAGUAGCCUUAGGUACUCAGGGGGCAGAGGCAAGAAAAACACUUUAUCCCGGGAUCUGGACUCCACCUCGGCUACACAGUAAGACGUGUCUCAAAAAAGAAUUACAAUCAUGAGUCAAAGCUAAAUAACGUUUUGAAGCAGGCUGUGAUUCACGCCUGUAAUCCCAGUACUUGGGAGGCUGAGACAGGAGAAUUGCUGUGAGUUCAAGGACAGCCUGGGUGAGAUAGUUCCACGUUAGCCUGAGCUAUAGAUGACCCUGCCUUACAAAUACAGAAGCCCAUGUUCCGGUCUGUGAUGGACUGCACGUACUAAGCUUAGACCACCUAAUGACACUGUUGUCACCAGUCUACGUGAGCAGAAUCUACACACAGUGACAAAGUCACUCCGCGGCGUGUUCAUGAGAACGUGUCACCAUCGUGAGGGGAAAACCACUUUUACAUGGUCAGUGCUGUGCAAUAGAUUCUUAAACUCAUUUCCCCUGUCCGACUGAAGUUUGUACACACAUCUUCCUAAACCCCGUUGCUCUUUACUUCGGAGUCCAGCUUUUUUAAGGCUCCAAGUGUGAGAUCACAUGGUGGCUUUUGUCUUUCUGGGCAUGGCUAACUUAACAUCAUGCAGGUCCUCCCAUGUUGUUUCAAAGGCCAUUUUUUUAGGGCUGUCUAAUAUGCCGGUGUGUGUUCACAUCCUCUUUGCCUGUUCACCCAUCAAGGGGACACAGGAUGAUUUGCAAGUUGGUUAUUGUGAAUGGUGCUUAAAAAAAAAAAAAAAAAAAAAGCACCAGCAACUCACUGGUUUAAUUUCCUUUGGAGUAGUGGUAUUGAUGGCUGGAUCCGUCUCAUCUCUCCCUGCCAGGACCCCCUAUAGCUAAAAGAGUGAUUCCCAGUACCCUCUGCUUCCUCUCUGCCUGCUUAUGGCUGUGGCCCCAGACUCUUGCCUCCCAAGGUGAUAUUUAAAGAGACUGACUGGGUAAUGCUUCCUGCCAACUGCCUUACAUUUCUGGCCAUUUGGCGGUUUUUGCUUAGGUUUUAUUUCAGUUCUAUGCUCGAGGACAUGUUAAGGGAGGUACUCCAACACUGAGCUUCCUCCCUGGCUCACAGGCAGGUUUAGGAAACAUGAGGCCUCGCCUCAAUGUGUGUGCUACAGUGGCCUCAGGCUUCCUGCCUCUGCAUGCGGCACCUCCGGCUGCACAUCCCGAAGUGUACGCUCACAGGAGCUGAUAAUGGCCACAUGCAUCCAUCCCGCCUACCCAAGGUUGCCCGGAAGCAUCCUGUCCCCUCUAAUAUCUAAAUAGGAGCCUUGCCACCAGCUCAGGAACCUCCGUUUGGAAAGCCCCAAUUCUGGCUCUGUGGCUUAAGCAUUGCCUGGUGAACCAGGCAUCCCUGUGUGUCUCCUGUCUGAAAGUUAGAAGCAAGCUGAGUCUGUAUCAGAGGAGCACAGAUCCGCAGUCCUCCAAGAUUGGCAGCUGUCAUCUGGAUAUUCAUGUCCUAGCCAGGGGUGCCGGUGCCAGAAAGUGAGGUCAAGGUCCUGUCUGCAGGUCACAUGCUGCUUCCU